GUGGCUACUGGCUAAUUUCAAAAUGGCCGCCAGCAGACUGAUACUUUUCCCGGGCUCUUUUCCCGGGGUUUCCAGCCGUUUGGCGGGGUUUGGCGGGAAACUCUGCAGCAGUACAAGAUUUUGCAGUGGUGGAUGUAUAAAAGAGAUUAGGGAUGAGGGAAAUAAAUUCAGAAGAUGCAUACAAUACAGUGGUGAAGGAGCAAGACUAGCAGUAAUAAAUGAAGGUGUACUUGUUAAGGAAAACUUUGUGAGCGAGAGAGAAGAGGAGGAGCUUGUGAAAGAGGCCCGGUCUUCUUUUAGACGUGUCAAGUAUGAAUAUGAUCAUUGGGACGGAGUUAUAAAAGGAUACAGAGAGACAGAGAAGUCCCAAUGGCGUUCACAAUCAAACCAAUCUGUUAUAAAGAGACUAGAAAAGGCCACUUUAGAGGCUAGUGGUGGUGAGGUCACAGCUCCAGCUGCAAUGAUGAAUAACUCACCGCCAAACUCUCUACUGCUAUCAUCUGUGCAUGUGCUUGAUCUUGCUAAGGAUGGAUAUAUCAAUCCUCAUAUUGACAAUGUUAAAUUCUGUGGUACUACAAUUGCUGGCAUUAGCCUGUUAUCAGACAGUGUCAUGAAACUGGUUCACCAAGAAAGGAAAGAUGACUGGAUUUUAAUGCUACUACCGCAGAGAUCUCUUUACAUAUUAAGAGAUCUUGCAAGAUAUGAGUAUGAACAUCAGAUACUACCAGAUUCUUUAUCAUACUUUAAUAAUGAACACAUUCAGAGAGACAACAGAAUAUCAAUUAUUGCUAGAACUAAACCUUUUAAAACAACUUAGAUGCUUUGCAUUCAUUUGACUGUAUUGUGAUUGUUGUCAUUUGUGAUUGUGAACAAUGGCCGCCUUGUUAUAAAUGCCUGUCCAUUUGUUUCAUUGGUGAGAUGUAAAAUGAACAGUA